AUGGUCGGCGACGAGAUUGUUGAGGUGUCUGGCCGCCGCCUGCCUGGUGGCAUUCGUCGCAGGAGGACUCCCGAGGUCGCAGGCCGGAGCCGCGGCGCCUGUGCGCAAUGGCACAUAGUGCACCUGACGACCGUUCCGCUCACUCCGCUUCACCCCCGCUCCCCCUCCCUCACUCCCACCUUCCCCACCUCCCUCAUCACAGCUACGCGCGCGAAAGCCGCGGCGCCCCUGCGCAAGCAGUACAUAGUGCACCUGGCGGCGGUGCCGCCGGUGCUCAACUACCGCGGCGGCGUGGCGGGGCUGGCGGCGACCGCGCCGGAGCUAGACGACAACGACCCCGAGAGCAGCCCCACCGACGCGGACGACGACGAUAGCGCACCGGUUGAUACUUCAGGUGGCAGUUCAGGUGGCGGUUCGGGUGGCGGUUCGGGUGGCGGCUUGGGUGGCGGUUCAACUGGCGGUUCAGGUGACUCAGGUGGAAAUUCAGGUGAAAUUCCUGGUGGAGGUGCAGGAACCGGAGCAGGAGGAGGAGGGGGAACGGAUCCAUCGGAGGUUCCAUUUCCAAGUGAUGCUACAGCUGGCGGCGCUACAGCCGGUGACGCUACAGCCGGCGGCGCUACAACCGACGACUCUACAACCGGCGACAGCAGUACAACAAAUGUCACGCUUGCCGCAGCAGAGAUGCUCCAAGGGAUCAGCGCGGCUCGACUGGCCACCGUUAGAAGCACAUCCGCUGUACCCCCUCGCUUCGGCACAAUCACGAAAUCGACUUUUGAGGCUCCUCGGAAAGCGAUACGGCGGCUUGCGGAUCGAAUCAAGCGACGCGCGGACGUGCGACGGGCGAACGUGAAAUCUUUCGUCAACUUUCUGCGGGAUGCGCAACGGCAGUUUUUGCGAAAGAAUAACAUAUCGCCGGCGCAGCUGUUCCAGAGCUACACGUACACGGUCAACGGGUUCGCUGUAUCACUGACGGACGCGGAGGCGAAACGGCUGAAGCAGCACCCUGCCGUGGCAUGGAUCGAAGAAGACAAACCGGUUCGCGCGCUCACUGUGGACUCGCCGACUUUCUUGAAGUUGCCGACGAGCCUUUGGGCUGAAAAUGGGGGGCAGAGCCGCGCGGGCGAGGAUGUGAUUAUAGGCGUGGUGGAUUCGGGAAUAUGGCCGGAACACCCUUCUUUUGCAAACAAGCCAUCAGACCCCUAUGGUCCGGUUCCGGACCGCUGGUUCGGCGGGUGUGCAGCAACGGCGGACUUCCCAGCCUCGCUGUGCAACGGCAAGCUCAUCGGUGCAAAAUAUUUCAACAGCGGGUUCCGCAAAUCCGGGCAGAGUGUGGAUCCGAUCAACGACUUUCCGUCUGCCCGAGAUGGCGAUGGGCACGGCACGUGGUGUGCAGGAGCGGCAGGGGGCAACGCGAACGUGAGUGUGGAGAUGAGCGGCCGUAACUACGGCACAGCGAGCGGCGUGGCACCGCGGGCCCGCCUUGCCAUGUACAAGGCGCUGUGGGUGGUCAAGGGCGGCGGCGCGUCAGGCACCAACGCGGACAUCCGAGCCGCCGUUGAUGCCGCUGUGGCAGAUGGCGUGGACGUGCUCUCGCUGUCUCUGGGGGGGUCUGUCCCCCAGUACUUCUCUGACAUUCCCUACAUGAAUGCUGCCAAGGCGGGGGUGUUUGUGACGCUGGCAGCAGGCAACUCGGGGCCGCCCUCUCCCAUGCGCGUGCUGGGCACACUCAGCAACGCGGCUCCAUGGUACCUGACCGUCGGUGCAACCACGAUUGGCCGGCGGUACUUUGCAACGCUGAGCCUUGGGAACGGAGUGGAGCUGAGGGGAGUGAGCUUCGGAGGCAACGCACAGACGGUCAAUAAAGUGCUCCUGCCCGCUUCCGCUGCUGUCAAGCCUGGCGCCUCUGCCUCCGAUGCUGCUCUAUGUGACAUCACAGCCAUCGACAAAUCCAAGCUGGCAGGGCGAAUCAUCGUAUGCACAUUCCAACCAUCGGCCUCCAAGUCUGCAGGCAUUCCCAUCAGCACCCUAGCUGCUUACAAGGCAGCAGCUCUUGUCGUCCUUAGUGGCUCACCCAAUACAGACAGCAUGCCCAUGCUUCCUUUCACUGACCUGCCACUCCUCUACCUGACCAACGCUCAGGGCGGGCAGGUGAAAAACUACCUGCAGCAGACGGCCAAUCCCGUGGCGACACUUGGUGAAUACGCCACCACGAAUUCAUCCAACGCUCCCCAAAUGGCCGUUUUCUCUUCCACUGGUCCAACCAUAAACCCAUCCCUCUUCCCGAUCCCGUCUUUCCUCCCAACCAACGACAUCUUAAAGCCGGACAUCGUUGGUCCGGGAUUCCAGCUCUGGUCGUCUUACCGAGGCAAGAGCGCAGCUUCGGCAACCACCGACCCUCCCAUGUUCAACUGCAUUUCUGGUACAUCCAUGGCUACACCACAUCUUGCCGGCAUCGCGGCAUUACUAAUCCAGAAGAAUCCAGGCUGGACGCCCGCCCAGGUCAUGUCAGCAAUGAUGACUACAGCAUCUACAGUGAAUAAUGCCGGCCAGCCAAUCAAACGGGCGAAUGGGGACGUCGCCACCCCGUGGGAUUACGGCUCGGGGCAGGUCGACCCGUCGAGGAUUUUAAACCCUGGGUUGACUUUAACCUCUGGGUUUAACGAUUAUGUGAAUUUCCUCGCGAGCAGGAAUUUCCAGCAGACGAAGCAUGCGUUUCCGGGGCUGAAGGGGAUUCGGGCGCGCAAGCCAUGGAAUCUCAACCGUCCAACGAUCUCGAUCUCACGGCUGUCGGUCCGCGGGAGGAAGAUUGUGCGCACGGUUCGGAACGUGUUUGACCAGCCGUCGACGUACACUGUGAAGGUUCGGGUGCCGUCGGACGUGCAGGUUCGGGUGACCCCGAGCCAGUUUACGAUCGGUCCGGGAGAGGUGCAGCGAAUCACGGUGGUGUUCAAGGCAAAGAAGAUUGCGCGUAAGUUUCUGUUUGGGUCGGUUAGGCUGGUGGAUGAGCACGGGCAUGCAGUGAAGAUGCCAAUUGCACUGCACCCGUACGGCCCACCCCCUUCUGGUUGGCGGGGAGGGUGCACAGUAACAGAGGACUUCCCCGAAGCAGUGUGCAACGGAAAGCUGCCAUCGGACCCGUACGGUCCGGCCCCUUCUGGUUGGCGGGGCGGGUGUACAGUAACGGACGAUUUUCCCGAGGCAGCGUGUAAUGGGAAGCUGGUGGGGGCGCGCUACUUUGUGGCGGGGCUGCUGGCCAAUCAGGGCAGCGUGUCCGAGUCCCUGGAUUUCAUGUCUCCCCGGGAUGGGAAUGGGCAUGGCUCGUGGUGUGCGGGAGCGGCAGCAGGCAAUGCGAAUGUGAGUGUGGAGCUGCAUGGCCGCAGCUACGGAGCAGCGAGCGGAGUGGCACCGCGCGCGCGCAUUGCCAUGUACAAGGCGCUCUGGCGCAUGCAGGAUGGUGGGGCGGCCGGCAUGGACUCGGAUAUCUGGGCGGCGGUGGAUACUGCCGUGGCGGACGGCGUGGAUGUGCUGUCACUGUCGCUGGGAGGGAGCAUUCCGAAUUACUUCUCCGAUAUUGCCUACCUGAACGCAGUCAAGGCCGGGGUGUUUGUGGCGAUGGCAGCAGGAAAUUCCGGUGCACCUUCCUCCUCCAAGGCGGUGGGCACCAUAAGCAACGCGUCGCCGUGGUAUCUCACCGUUGGCGCCAGCACCAUGGCUGCAGCACCGGCAGCAUCGGAGGAGGCCGGGAGGGAAGUACUGGUUUUAUCAGGGUGGAGCUUUGGAGGCACUCCCCUCACAGUAGACCUGCCGGUUCUAGAUGCCAGGGAUGCUGCUGCCAAUGGUGCCAGUCAAUCGCUGGUGAGUGCUGGCCAGUGCCAUGCUCCCAGCAUCAACGCCUCCCGCACUCUCAACACCCUCCUCCUCUGCUCUCACUCCACUCGCCCUCUCACUGACGUGCUCCUGGACGCGUCCACCCUUCGACCAGCUGCCCUCGUGCUGCUCGGGGCUACCGACUCAACCCCCCGCCUGCCCUACACGCGCAUGCCUGUGAUUUACCUCAAGGCUUCUGACGCCACUGCUCUCAGGACCUUCCUCGCCACUACCACCAGGUAUGUUGUCCCCUCUCUUCCCCUCCUCCUGCCCUACCUACACGCGCCUGCCCUACACGCGCAUGCCUGUGAUUUACCUCAAGGCUUCUGA